AUGGCGUCCAACGACAUCACCCCUGUCCCUGCACCUUGGAAACUCAAGGGCGACAUCUACCUAUUCAGCUUCUGGGUCUCCAAGGCCCAAGCAGAGCACCCGCCAACUGUCACUUACUCUCCCCUCGAGGCGAACUCGUCUUUCAUCCGCCCAGAAGGCAGCCGGCCGCUGGGCGGACUCAGCAUGAUCCAGAUCAUCCGAUAUACUGAAAGUCCCGUUGGUCCGUACGACGAGUUGAUCCUGAGCCCAGGGUUUCAUGAGUACACGGUCGAGGAAAAUGGCAAGCGCAUCAAGAAGAAGAACGCAAGAAUCACAAGGAUAUAUGUGUCUCAGAAGUACACCUGCUGGAAUGGCCGAAAGAACUGGAAUAUUCCUAAGCAUCUCGCCGCAUUCGACUGGAAGGAGAACUCAGACGGCAGCACAAGCGUGAAGGUUUUCCCACACGACACAUCGGGAGCCGUGGAGGAGGCGUCAGCGAGCACCACCCCUCUGUUCCAAGCGACGUUCAAGCCCGUCCCUUACGUCCCGUCCUUUCCCCUCUCGCUCAACGUUCUCAAGUACAUCGGUGUCGACGCGACCCUAGUUCAGCCUCCGCUUCCAGAAGGCAACGGCAGUCAAGGUGAGUUGCCGGGGACAGAUCGAUGGUGCAGCAUCGCGCCCGGCCAGAGCUCUAGGAAGGCGAGCUUGGGCUGGUUCGACAUUCGACAAGCAGACGAAAAGGGCAAUGUUGUUGGUGAUAACGAGAACUUUUGGCCAGGUCUUGGACGUUGGCAGAUUGGACUGAAGAUGGAGAACUCAGAUGUCACCUUUGCUGAGCCGAAACACUGGGAUGUGCCGAGAUCGGUUUUGUAA